UUUUUGCUGAUGGAGGAGCACUGAUAGUUCCGCAACUGUUUAAAAACAGUGUUAGCCACAGAGAGUCUGUCAUUUAAAGAAGACGUGCAUCUCUUCACACGCUCAGUCCAUCAGUCGCUGUUGAUCGGCUGCUCUUCAACACGAUAGAUUUGAUGCUGAUGUGGCUCAGAAUGGCUCCUGCUCUUCAUCUGAUCUUUCUGCUCAUCAUUCACAGAGUUUCUGCUGCUGAUUGGGGUGUGAUUUACAAUCCUUCACAAAUCUGUGCACUACAGAACUCAACAAUGACAAUCAGCUGCACUUUUACAUACCCGACUCCUGGAUAUCAGAUCAUGAAAGUGUUCUGGAACAAAGACCAAGUAUAUUAUGGAGGAGAGUUUGCAGAUCUGUCUGAGGACCCUGAAUACAGUCAGAGGCUUCAGUAUCUGGGAGAUAAACAGCAGAACUGCACCGUCAGACUGAGUCAUGUGACAGAGAAAGAUGAACACGAGUAUCUUUUCAGAUUCACUACUGAUGUAACAGGAGGAAUAUGGCUUGGUAAACCAGGAGUGCGUCUCUCUGUCACAGAUCUUCAGCUGGAGUCUCCUGAGAGAGUGACAGAGGGAGAUUCAGUCCGUCUGACAUGUAAACGCAGCUGUAAACUGACUGACACACCAACAUUCAUCUGGUACAGAAACUCACACACAUUGACUAAUAUUGGAGAAGAACUCAACAUCAGUUCAGUCAGUAGAACAGAAGCAGGACACUACAGCUGUGGUGUGCAGGGACAAACGUACAUCUCUCCUGCUGUUUAUCUCAAUAUCACAUAUGGUCCAGAUACUCCUGUGAUCUCCAUCAGUGGAUCUGCUGUAAUAGUGGAGGGAGAUUCAGUGACUCUGAACUGCAGCAGCGACUCAAACCCUCCUGCUCUGAGCUUCAGCUGGUUUAAAGAAGCAACAUCUGUAGGAUCUGGAAGAAUCUUCAACAUCUCCAAGAUCAGCUCUGAUGACAGUGGAGAAUACAAGUGUAGAGCCAGAAAUGACCAUGGAGUGAACGACUCUGAUCCUGUGACUUUAGAUGUUCAGUAUCCUCCAAAGAGUGUCUCAGUGUCCAUUAGUGGAUCUGCUGUAAAAAUGUUUGGAGAUUCAGUCUCUCUGAGCUGCAGCAGUGACUCAAACCCUCCUGCUCUGAACUUCAGCUGGUAUAAAGGAGAAACAUCUGUAAGAUCUGGAAGAAUCCUCAACAUCUCCAAGAUCAGCUCUGGACACUUCCACUGUGAGACUCACAAUCCACAUGGAGCUCAGAGAUCAGACGCCGUCACUGUCACUGUUCAUCAAGGCGCUGGAAGAAACAUUAUCAUCAUUGCUGCGACAUCAGGAGGAGGAUUAUUCAUCAUCAUUUUGAUCAUCAUCAUCAUCCUGUGUUUAAUCUCUAAUGAUCUGCAUUCUGAUCCUGGAUCAGCGGGUGAUGCUCUGUAUGCCAGUGUAAAUCCCAAAAGAGGAAGAACUGCUGAAUGCAGAGAUGCUGAGGAGAUCCAGUACGCCACUGUCCAAUUUCACAGAGACACACAGAUGAAGAGAGAGGAAGAAGAGGAGCAGCGUCAGUGUGACAACACACCAGUUCAGCAGCCUGAUCAAGACCACAGCCAAUCAAAUGCUGAAAGAGUGGAGGACUCAGUGAUCUACAGCAGCGUCAGAUAA